AUGUCCUCGUCGAGCUGUCCAAGCCGUGUCCGAGCGUUGUCCGACUUUCGUCCCUGUGGGCUGUGGGGAGAGAGCUUCUUUCACCUUCCAACAGUUACCAUUCGAAAUACCAGUGAUCACCGGCGGCAAUUGCUGCAAAUAUCUCCCGUCUUGUGUAGAAUGAUGGUGAAUCUGAGAGAAAACCCGAAAAAAUAUAUGAAGCUUCAAUGCAAUCAAGACCAGCUUCCAGCUCCUGAAGGGCUUGGAAUGUCGAGCUGGUUUCGUCGUGUUGGUGAUUCGACGUGGGGUCUCUCUGUGGCUUCAGCGGAUACCAGGAGGAACUCAACACAAAAAGAGCAGAUCACGACGGCGACGAGGUCAGCAAUGGCGACAGGUAGAGAGAGAUAUAUACAAGAAAAUCCAAAGCAAUGGACAAUAUCUAUAAUCUACAACUACUACUCUAUGAACCCCCGCGGCGACGACGACGACGACAACAACAACACGCGCGCGCAACCCGAUACACGCAACCACAACCCGCCAUCCAUCCACUCGUCCCCACGCCACCACCACAGAGAUGCCCUCGUAGUUCUGCACCCCCAAUUUUCACAAAUAUGUCCGCCACUACGCUAUCACAGCCAUUCAUUCGUGCAGAUCCCCAUCAUCAUCAGUUGCCAGAUAAUUAUCCUGUGA